AGUCAAACACACAGAGAAAUCACUCCAUGUGUGACAACUGAAAUCUUCAUGACAUAAUGUUGAUGCUGGGGAAAGAGGAGCUUGAGAAGAUGACAGAUCCACAACCAUGCAGAAUAAAGGAUGAAGAUACUGAGGAACAAAUAGAUAUGAUGGAAGUGAAAGAGGAGAGUCAAGCUGAAGUGGAUGAGAAACAUCAGAUUGUAAAAAUUAACCAUAAUGUUUCACAGAAAGAAACUCUGAAGACAGAAGACAUAAAGUGUGAAAAUAGUUUCAGUGAAGAUGAACGCCCUGCAGAUCACAAGAGGACUCGCAGUGAGAAGAAACCUUUCACAUGUCAACAGUGUGGAAAGAGUUUCAGAGAUAAAAGUAAACUUGAGACUCAUGUGAGAAGUCACAUUAAAGAAAAGCCACACGCGUGCCAUGAGUGUGAAAGGAGUUUUAUAUCUGCAAGUUACCUUAAGAUACACAUGAGGUCUCACACUGGAGAGAAACCUUAUGUAUGUCAACAGUGUGGAAAGAGUUUCAGAACAAAACGGUACCUUAACGAACAUGUGAGAAUUCACACUGGAGAGAAACCACAUCUCUGUCAUCACUGUGGAAAGCGUUUUACAACUGCAAGUGAACUUAGGAAACAUUCAAGAGUUCACACCGGAGAGAAACCACACAUGUGCCAUCACUGUGAAAAGAGUUUUACAACUAAAGGUAAUCUUAAGACACACAUGACACUUCACACCGGAGAAAAACUGUUCACGUGUCAUUUGUGUGGAAAGAGUUUUAGAAUGAAACGUGACCUUAAUAGACAUGUGAGAAUUCACACUGGAGAGAACCCAUUCACUUGUCAUCACUGUGGAAAGGGUUUUACGAUGAAAUGUGACCUUAAUAGACACGUGAUAAUUCACACUGGAGAGAAACCGUACUUGUGUCAACACUGUGGAAAGAGUUUCAGAACAAAACCAAACCUUAACCUACACAUGAGGAUUCACACCGGACAGAAACCACAUGUGUGCCAUCACUGUGAAAAGAGUUUUACAACUAAAGGUAAUCUUAAGACACACAUGACACUUCACACUGGAGAAAAACCGUUCACAUGUCAUUUGUGUGGAAAGAGUUUUACAAUGAAAUAUGACCUUAAUAGACAUGUGAGAAUUCACACUGGAGAGAAACCAUACGUGUGUCAACCCUGUGGAAAGAGUUUCAGGACAAAAUCUAACCUUAAUGUACAUUUGAGAACUCACACUGAAGAGAAACCCUUCACAUGCCAUGAGUGUAAAAAGACUUUCAAAACAAAAGCUACACUUAACAAACACAUGAGAAUCCACACUCGAUAGAAACCAUUCAUGUGUCAACAGUGUGGAUAUGGCAACAAAGUUUAGAAAUCAGCUGAGGUCUUAUAAAUAAAACUGUCUGGAGGAUCUUUACUAAAAGUCUACAUGCGCCCAAAAGCCCAAGAUAUCUUUACUUGUGUUCUUGUGGACUUGUGAAACGUCAUCAGUCGUGGCCCAAGUACUGUUCCAAUUCCAAGUUCACAUCAAGUCAAGUUCACAUAACAUCUAAGGAUGUGUUCUUGAUCCGCUCAUUGUAUCGAGGAUGCAUCAGAAGGUGACUUGUUUGGACUUAUGAAAGACAAAUUAGAAUGCAUUUCACGUCAACGGCAAUGGAGCUUAAAACCUGCACAAUAUUUGAAAUAUUACUCUUUUGUGUCGUAAAAUGUAGCUUUUUAGUUGAAAAUAUCGAUGAAUAAACUAGUGUUGUAGUCAAGACCACCAAGACCCCAGUGCAAGUCACUGCAUUAAAACACUUAAAAUGUGGAAUAUGCAUAUGAUUAGGCACUUCUUGUGCAUGUGCGUGCGCGUGUGUGUGUGUGUGUGUGUGUGUGUGUGUGUGUGUGUGUGUGUGUGUGUGUGUGUGUGUGUGUGUGUGUGUGUGUGUGUGUGUGUAUGCCAUCAGAGAAGUUGAGAAAAUAAUCAAAGGCAUUGCAGAUAUGUGGGAAUUUAUCUUUGUCUAAAAGUGAACAAACACUAAAGAGCUGAAAUCAACUUAACCAUUUAAUCUGAACUGUCUUUCCAUGGCUUGCCAUCCACUUAACACAAUGCAGGUGUUUUUAGUAAUACAAUUUGAAAAAUUGUCAUUGGGAGAAACUUGAAAAAUGCCAACAUCAUAUGCCAAACCUGAAUAAACUGCAUAAAAUUAAUGGUAAAAAAUAAAUUUGUGAUGUGCCAUCAGUUGUGGUCUUGACCGGUCUUGAAAUAAAAUUCCUCUUUGUCUGAGACCGAGACGAGACCGAGUAAAAAUGUGGUCGAUUCCAAGACGAGACCAAGACCUUUAAGACCGAGACCGGUCUCGAGAACUACAACACUAGAAUAAACUUUAAUUCUUUGGUUUCUUAGUAAAGAUAGCGCAUAUAUUAUAAUUUUCUCUGAUGAUUUGGAUAUGUGAGUUCAAGGUGAUCAGCAGGCCGUCAGCACUGUGUACACACCACUGAGGGCAGUAUCCUCUCGGCAAGUCCUUCUGAAAUUUGCCGUUGGCUCAGUGUAGCUGCUCUGCCCUUCAAUGUCUGAUCGUUAAAAAUGAAAUAUUCCCUUUGGAUAUACACUAUAUUGUCCAAAGUUUUGGGACACCCCUCCAAAUCAUUGAAUUCAGGGGCCUCAUUUAUAAAAUGUUGCGUAAAAACCAUCCUACAUUUGAUCUUACGAUCAUUUAACAAAAAUGCAUACGUGUGAUUCAUAAACCGAACGUACGUGCAGAAAACACGCGUACCCCUUUCGAAUCUAUAAAUCGCAAAUGAACUUGAACUUGUGCGCGCAGCCGAGCAGUUUCAGAUCUCCGCCUUUAAACAAUGCGUAAUUAAUGUCAGACAUAUAAAAGAGCGCUUGUCAAUGUUUAAACCCAAUUUCAAACAGCAAAAAUGGCUUAUUUUCCAAAAACCUACAGCAAUCGGACAAGCAAAAGUGCGUACGUCUGCUCAGACCCUGACGUGGUGCUAAGCACAUUUCCACGUCAAAGACAAUUUUUAUAAAUAUGGACUUUGCCAUGGAUUUUUGCGUACGCGCACUUUACGAUCAAAUCUGUGUGUACGCAUGCUUUAUAAAUGAGGCCCCAGGUGUUCCAGUCAUAUCAACUGAAAGGAACUCUUAAUGCUUCAUCAUACCAAGACAUUUUGGAUAUUUUCAUGCUCCAACUUUGUGGGAACAGUUUAGGGAUGGCUCCUUCCUGUUCCAACAUGAAUGUGCACCAGUGCACAAAGCAAAGAGUGUGCAGAAACUUGACUGGCCUACACAGAGUCCUGACCUCAUUGUCAAUAUAGUGCAUCUAACUGGCAUUUGGUCUCAUCUAUUUAUUUCUCUUUAUUAUUCACCUGAAGUCUGUUAUUUGUUGUUAUCGUUUUAACUGAUGUUAAAGUUAAGUGUCAUAACUUAAAUCACAUAUAUUUUCUAUAGAAUCUUAACACUGAAUCACUGCCUUUGUACUUUAACUAGAUUUUUUGUGUUUACUUCAUGUCGUACAAAAGUUUUGUACAUUUAAUGAAUGGUUUUAUAUCAUAUUUCAUUUUGUAAUAAAUGCAUUGAAGCUAAUCAGGGGUCCAUGUACUUUUGCAUCUGUUUAUUUUUCCUUUUUAACCAUGACAAGAAAAAUAAAAUAUAAAUGUUACACAAAUAAAUAAUUGAAUAAAGUGAUUUUUACAUAAUUUUUUUGUAGUUUCACAUUCAGAC